CGUGCAUCUCGUCUCUCCGACAGAAUCGCGUUUGGAGGACAACUGUCUUCAAGGAAAACUGAGCGUCACUUGCAUGUAAAUUGCAUGGGGUCUCAGAAGUCUGGAAACAUGGAUGGUGCGUAUACCUCUAAGGACAAACCUAAAGAGAAACAAUCCGUUGGCUCUGAGCCAGUGAAUGGGAGCCUAAAGCAAGCAGAGUGAAGGUGCACACACAGUUGAUAAAAAUGGGGGCUGUGGUGCCGGUGCUCAUCUCUGAUAGACUGCAGCUCUUUCUGUGGCAAUGCCGGAUGUGAAAGCUCCACCAUGUGAGUACUCCCCAGCAGGCUCUCCUGCAGGCUGCAGCAUGGACUUGUCUGUGAACCUGUCCAUCCUCAGCUCCCCGCUUUCUGCUUUCCCCCAUCAUGGUGUGUCCCCCUUUCCUGCCCAGGACAUCACGCCGGACCACUGUCCUCUGGGAAACAACAACAACAAUACCCUGCUUAGCAACCUGGGGCUCUACUGCUCCACCAGCAGUAUGCAUCCCCUGAAACAGCCUGAUGCUAACUCUGCAUUUGGAGCAAUGUGUUUUCCUCAUGGCUGUGUGAAUACAGGCAGCACCCGGCUUUACCGUAGCCUGGAAAACCUGCACUGGGCCGCAGUGUCUGACCCCAGCACAUAUCCUUAUAAGAGUGUGGACAGUGAGUUUAUUCUUAACUGCGCUUCAAGCAGUCAUUGGUAUGGUGGAUCUCCUCAGGGGUCGCAGGUCUACGGCAUAAUGCCAUCCCCUGAAAGUAUAGCGUUCUACAGCCAGCGAGGAGUAGUUAGAAAGGAUAUACCUCUUUUCCCUCAGUGGCUAUUGCCUGGAGUUGAGGACUGGGGCAUUUAUGGAAAUGGGCGAAAGGGCCUUAGAGACAAACUUCGACUCCAGAGCACACGUGUGACAGAGCCUCUCAAACCCUUGCGACCUCAACCUGUGCUUGGUAAUGCACCAUCUCCAAACUAUCCAUGUGAUCAGGAAGUAGCAGUUCGCCUGAGUUCGCCAUCCUCUUUGGUACAAAAACAUGGACAGCAAGAGCUUUGUGCUCGUCGCAUCACUAGUCCAGAGGAGAUCAAACAAGAGGCUCUGCGACGAUUGCAACUUCGGAGGCAGAGAAGCACCCCUAACCUGGCACUGAACUGUAGACAAGAGUCUAGAAGCAUCAGUAAAGCUCACACCUCAGAGCUUAUCUGCACCAACUCUACCCAGUCAACCCCUGAGAGGAAAAGGCCUCCCAUGGGCCGCCUGCACAUUCCUACAUUUGAGGAGUUUAAGAGAAUGAGACAGAGGGAGAACAGUCAGAAUCCCUCAGAAUCCCUUUUGAGUCCCUUAAAAACUCUAAAAUCUAGUGUGGAAAUUGAGAGUAAUAACAUGCAUAAAGAGGUUAAUAGAGAGCAGAGAGUGCAGACAGAGGAAACACAGAGUGAGGAAAGGACUGAUACUGAAGUCAGCCAAAAUAACAGAACUGCUGAGGAUUCAAAACUUUCUUGUAAACACAGCAAAGCAGACAUGUCUGAGCCCGGUUCCACCGCAGAGGUCCCACGUGGACCUAUCUGCACAGGCCCAGUGGCCCUCUCUCCAUUACACCCUCAAGCUGCAACAGGAAAAGUGGAGGAGACAAACGGCCCAGCAGGCCCCGGGGCCACAGAUGCAGUUGAUCUUCCCUUCCCGUUCCGCAGGGAGAGUGGAGACGGAUCAUCCAGCUGCUGCCCUGCAAUCCUUCUGGACAGCACAGACCUUUCCAGCUAUGGAGCCAAAAUCUACAAAAUGAGGGAUGGCUUCCUGGGCUCCGCCCUGGACAUCAUUAAAAAAAGCUGCAGUGCAGAGAUUGCAGCCGAGACUCCCGUCCGACUGUCGCGUGAGCGGAACGACAUCACUGACAUCACCACUCCCCAGCCCAACCAUCAAUCUGCCCAGGUUGCCAUGACAACGUCGGCCUGCGGAGAGGAGGCUUGCUUCGAGCCCACAGGACAAGCGCCAACAGAAUGCGUUUCUGGAGUGGGCUACAGACGCUCCAGCUCAGACGUGGCCUAUGAGCCGGCCGAGUCAGUGAGGGCCCAGCGUGAGUGCCGCCUGAGGCCCCACUACAGCGACCCUAUGCCCACAGAUGCUGCCAAGCGCAAGCAGCUGGAGAUGAAGAUUGCAGCAGCGGCACGUUUGCACAUUCACCGCAGAGAGAGGGACAGUGUGCCGAGCACAAGCAGGGGCUGCUCGGAGCCCAGAGGGGAGGAGAGAAGCAGGAGUCUGGGUGUGACCCGGACAGCACAGCACCGCUGGAGUACAGUCAGCAGCUUGAGUGCAGACAGUGGUGUGGUGGGGUUGAGCGAUGAACGUGAAGAAGAGGAAGAGCCCCGGCGUGCCCGUCACAGCGCUGGAGCUGAAGUAGAACGCGUGGACAGUGGCAUCGGUCCUGGUUUGGCUCGGGGCUGGAGGAGACCCUCACCAUCUCUCAGGACCUGGGAGGUUCAGCAGCCCUGCCCAGACUGCGGUCACAAAAAGGGGGCGCAUGGGGAAGGCAUGUGCGAGCGCUGCUCUAAGCUCCGCACUGAGCGCAAAGAGGCCAUUUUGGAGUUUCUCAACACUGAGUCGAGUUAUGGAGAGGACCUGCGCAUUAUCAAGGAAGAGUUCUACUGCCCCAUGCAGAGCGCAGGGCUGCUUACAACUGAGCAGCUGGCUGUGGUCUUCAGCAAUGUUCAAGAACUCAUUGAUGUGAAUGACAGGUUCACAGAGCACCUGCAGGACAGCAUUGAUCAGGCUUUUGAUCAGGGUGAUGAGGAUCUGCAGACUGUGUGCAUUGGAGAAAUAUUCCUGGAGUUUGUCAGCAUGCUUCCAGCCUUUCAAACCUACUGCCUGCAGCAGUCCACAUCUGUGAAUAUGCUCAACACACUUGAGAAAGAAAAGGAGCUUCUUAGGAUAUUCCUUGACGUGUCCCAGAAUGACAACACGGCGCUUAGGCGGAUGAAUCUACGCUCCUUCCUCAUGGCACCACUUCAACGUGUGACCAAGUACCCGCUGCUGUUGAGUCGUAUCAGCAAAGCCACCAGCGAGUGUCACCCUGAUUACUCACGUUUAAAGGAAGCCAAGAGCCGUGUGGAGUCCCAUCUCGAGCACAUCAACAUGAAGACCAAACAGGAGGGCAUCACCACGUGGUCCUUGCGCUCUUUCCGGCGUGACAGCCGCAAGAACCGCGAGGUGAUCAACAUUGAGAUGCGAGAGCUGUCCAUGAAGACUGUGGGCUGGACUCGGGAGAGCACACGCUUCAUCAUGGAGGGGCCUCUCCAGCUGGCCCAGCCUGCUGACGGCCAGUGGCUUAAGAAGGGGUGUAAAUCUCUCAAAUUCCAGAAUAUUCAGAGUUUACUCAUGGUACGCACACUGCGCACAGCAGAGGUGGUGACUUCAGCUGAUGGGUCUCUCAGAGGAGAGCAGUUGGAGACCUUGGAGAUGGUGCAGGAUGGUGUACUGGUGCUCAUCAAAGACAAAAGUAGUGGGAAAUUCACUGUGUUACGUGAGCCGAUCAGUUUAGCUAACUGUGUGGUAUCCGCCGACCCUGACUGUGAUGAUGCUUUUGAAGUGCUCGAUAUCCGACGUGAGGCCUUCGUUUUCCGUGCCUCAGACAAACUUCGCACUCAGCAGUGGUUUUGUCAGAUCAAGAGAUAUGCUUGUGAUCUGGGAUCUUGGAGAAAAAGACGCAACGCUCUCCCUAAUAUUAUGAUUAACACGACCCAAAGUCGGUCUUGAGACCGACCAUUUAGCAACACCUAAACCUAUCCCAGCAUAACUCUGAUGUAAAUAACAAAAUUAAUAUUUUGAUGACCGGACAGUAUUUGUGUUGGGGAAUCGGAUCUAAUUAGAUGUUUCUCCACUAAUGGACUUUUACAUCGCAAGGUUUUACUGUGAUUUAAAAGAUGAGUGGAAUAUUAAUAUAGACUGCAAGGGGGCACUUUGUAUAGCUGGAAAGCAAAUAAAUGACAUUUGACAAAAAAGGGGGAAAAACAAUUGUCAUGCAAAAAGUAAUGCCCUUUGGCAUACCUAAAUGAGGGCCUUGCUAGGUGCCUCACUGCUGCACUUGUAUAACACUGAUUGUACAACCAGUUUGCUACUGAGAAGAAAAUUUCAUAAAUGUUUUCAGUUGUGAAAUGGUUUCUAUGAUAAGCAUGAGAUGAAAUGUUUGUGAUCGAAUGGACUUUCAAGUGAAAUCUAUAGUAACAAUGCACAACAGAAUGGAAUCUUGUUUGGUGUGAAGACUGAGGUAGAGCUCAAUGUUGGUUUUCUGACCUGGUAAUUCACUUACCUCUUCCUCUUUUUUUCUGUAAGAAGUUACUCCCAUUGCCACAAAAGAUCCAGAGGCAGUUUUUGUAUAUUUAUCACUGUGCUGGCCUACAAAGCAGCAAUAAUCUUCAUUGUACCUUGUAGCGACGGUAAAGCUAUGUUUUUAUUCACAGGUUCUUGUGGGAUCAGUAAUGUAACAAAACAGUUUUGUUCCGUUUCUCCAUCAAUGAGGAUGCAGUAUCGGUCUAAGCAUCAAGCCACAUUAAUGGUUGUGCUGAAACAAUCUGUGGCCAUACAUUAGUAAACCAUAAACCACAAUUUACAAAAUGUUAAUGUGAAGGUUUUUAUCCCCCCAAAAUUAUGUAAUUUAUGAUUAAGAUGUAGCUUUCCUUUGUAAUAUGAGGGGGAGGAAAUAUGUGCCUUUGUUUUAUUUGAUACUGAUUGAGUCACUCAUACUACUCAGUUUUCCCCCUUCUUUGCCCUCAAAUCAGGCCUUAAGUCAGAAUAUUGAAAAACUAUUCCUUUUCAGUAAGUGCUAAGUUCCAACUGUCCCACUGAUGUACAAACCAUGCUUUAUGACAACUCACUAAAUGUUGCCUGUUUUCAUUUGAUGCACUUUAAUAUUAAGGUCCUAAAACUGGAGUGAGGAUAUUGUUCUGCAGUUUAAAAAGCUUUACUGUACUUUGUUUUAAAGAUUGUUUGAGCUUUAAGAGAAAUAUGAACCACAGUUGACUUCAGCAAUAGCUAUCAACCACAUUCACCCUGCAAUUGUGACCUCAUUGUAUGUUUAAAAUAGACACUAAUAAAUUUCACUAUUUGGAUUUAGGUUUAAACAUGAACAUUUACUGUUUAUCCAGUGGCAUCUAUACUGUUAUCAUAGCUUCCACAUUACAAAACAGAAAGAGGAAUUUCACCCGCAAGAGAACUUUGUCUGAAAUUAUACUUUAACUGAGACCAAUCAAGCUGUAAAAUACUGUUUCCGUUCUUAUAAAACCUAAUUUAAUAUUCUUGUGUAAAAUACUGUGAAUUACAAUAAAAAAAGCAGCAGUUUCUCUCUUCACUGACUUGCUUUUCUUAAAACAUUUUUCCCCAG